CUUCUAGCUUCUCCAUAGGUUUGGAGUCUUCUUCCCACGAGAUGUAACGAAAUAUUCAGAACUAAGAACUGCACGUCCUCACUCACAGGCGGAAGCGAGGUUUAAAGAAAAUUUUACAGUUCCUGAUGAAUAUGGAUUAACAACUCCAGCCAGUGAUCGACUGAACGUCAUAGAUUUGGCGCGGGGUACGUUUGCACGGCCAGCUAACUAAUCAAGAAUCAGGAAGAAACAAAGGCAUUGUGUCUAAUGAAUUCGCAAGUGAAAAACGGGAAAAACUCACAGUUAUACAGGCGGAAGGAAAGGCAUUGUGAAAUGAAUCCCUAUGGAAUACAGAAAAUACAGAUGAGGUAGCAAGUGGCGAAUUGAUAUUCAAAGAUGAACAGCAAAUAAAAGAUGCAGUAGGCAGGAAGAAGUCUUGACAAAUUCAGGGUGAAAAUGCUGUUGAUGAGACGAACGCAAUAAAAUAUGGAAAACCUUUCUGACGAGCAAAUUGAAGAAUACAAGGACGCCUUUUCUCUGUUCGACCGAGAUGACAAUGGCAUUAUUACCACCAGGGAACUGGGCGCUAUAAUGCGGUCUCUAGGGUUUAACCCGACUGAAGAAGAGUUACAUGCGAUGAUAAACUCGGUGGAUUAUGACGGGAAUGGUGUAAUAGACUUUCCAGAGUUUGUUAAACUUAUGGAGGAUCAGAAGAAACCAGACGAACGCGAGGCGGACAUGAUGUUAGCAUUCCGAAUUUUUGACGCCGACAAUAAGGGAUACAUCGAGUCAGCGGAGUUACGCUACAUACUUCUAAAUAUGGACAAACGAAUUCCGCAGGAGGAGAUUAAAGAGCUGAUGGAGAUCGCUGAUUUAGAAAGAGAUAGAAAAAUACGUUAUCAAGAAUUCCUCGAUUUAGUCGAAUGUGAACAACAAAAAUUCAUCCGCUGGAGGAAAGUUAAACAUACUUAAUUUUUCAGAUAAAUACUACUUCUCCCGAGAUAUGGUAGUGCCUAAGCUUGUACCCAGAUCCUACCUUGUAAUAUAACUGUAACAACCGUUUGGCCGUGGAAGGUCUGGGUACAAGACUAGUCGCUGGCCUAAAAGUCUGGCGGUUUUAGCGUUAGUCCUCCAUUAGCGUGACGCAAGUUUCUGUUUUACAACGUUAAGUGAAACUGCGAAGUACACCUUUAGCCCUUCAAGAACGUAAGAUAAAUGUUUAUUACCGCCACUUUAAAGUUAAAUAACAAGAAAGUGUUAUCAAUUUGGCGAGAAGCCAAUCGUUAUGACGGUUUUAAAUUUCAUUUGGGCCGUUUGCAUGAAUACGAAAAUUCAUUUACACCAUUAAACUUUCAUUUUAAUGUGAAGUACAUUCUUAAAUGUUAUUGUGCAAUCGAUAAUGACAGUUUUCAGCUCCAUUAACAACUUUAGACUUUCAAUUAAGUUUAGAUAGAUAGAUAGAUAGAUAGAUAGAUGGAUAGAUAGAUAGAUAGAUAUAGUUUAUUACCAAAAAAUAAAAAUACUUUGCAGCCAUACGCUAAAUUGCGUACUUUUCACAGUUAUUUCUAAAGAUAUAUAUGAGACUAUAUAAAACUAGAAAGUUUACAAAAAAUUCUCAGACCUAAAAUAAUUACAAUUACACAGCAAUGGAAUAAAUACGCAGUCGAUGCUAAGACCCAAGAUUAGCCCUUGCGCACAUAGCCGGAAUGAAUGAAGACUUGAAACGAUCGGUGCGGAAGGCGCGGCAUGUUAAAAACGCGCUGGAGUCUUGUAUUGUACGCUGAAUGAUGUCUAUCUAGCAGAAACUGUCUAAUUUAGGAAAUGGAUUUGAGAUGGACAAAAGCAGAUCAGUACAUAACUUCUUGUGUCUGUUGUAGAGCGAAGCUAAAUCAUGCCUAUCUAAGGAGUCAUGAUGUGACAGUUCUGGUGAAAUAAUAGAUUAUGCGCGCCUUUGGA